GCGAAGGCGCCCAGUUGUAGCCAAGUCUUGACAGAAGAAAGUUGGAUUGAAAGUUUAAGAAGAAUUCACAAAAACUCGAAAGAACUUAUACAAGAAUUUAUCAAGACAUUGCUCUCAAAGUACGUAUAUAAAGGUAUUUUAGAGUAAGCGUUCAACUAAAUGCACUUAUCUAGACAUUUCAAUACAUUUUGUUGAAAUUUAAUGGAACACUUAGCAUAGCCGGUCGCCGGUUUUGCUUCAAAUUUUAGCGAUAAAUCGCAUCAAUUGUGCUUCAAUAAUGACUUUUAAUAUUUCCAGGUAACUCACGUUUGUAUUUUCUUUCGCUUUAGAACGAAUUUGGGCGAGAAAAAGAAGGAAAUUUUGACAAUUCCUAGCCACGUGUUUAGGUACAUAUCGACAGUGAAUAUUUUAAUAAGUGAACUUGUUUGUGCGAUUUUAUUGCGUUUAAUGUUGAGCUAAAACGUUUAAUGUUGAGUUAAAACUUUGUGUGUAAACGUAAAGCAUCCGAAGCUCCCGAAAUCCUGUCUCCUUCGAAGAAUUUUCAUCAAAUAUUGCCCAAGAAAAGGGUGCCGCGCUGAACGCGUAUUCAAAAUUGCUCACUUUAAAAUUCAUUUCAGCAAAGAACAUUUGCCAUUUGGGAAUACAAUUUAAGUUCUUUCAGUUUCAUUUUGAAGCAACAAAAUAUUCACUGGUUUGCUCCAAAUUUUAGCGAUAAAUCCCAUCAAUUGUGCUUCAUAAUGACUUUUAAUAUUUCCAGGUAACUCAAGUUUGUAUUUUUCUUUCGCUCUAGAACGAAUUUGGGCGAGAAAAAGCAGGAAAUUUUGACGAUUCCUAGCCACGUCCUUGGGUACGUAUCGACAGUGAAUAUUUUAAUAAUUAUUUAGUAACUUGUUUGUGCGAGUUUAUUGCGUUUAAUGUUGCGAUAAAACGUUUAAUGUUGUGAGAUAAAACGUUUGUGGGCAAACCUAAAGGAUCCGAAGCUCAUGAAAUUCUUUCUGGCCUGUCUGCUCUCGAAUUUUUAUCAAAUUUUGCCCAAAUGACUUUGUUUUGUCCCUAGAAGACACGAGGGCACCGCAUUAUAGAACUGUGUCUGGUUACAUGUAAUAUACUUUCCGCGCAUUAUUAUAUACUUUGUAAACAACAGUAGCACGUGCAGUCUCGCGACUGCCCAUUUUUUAUGUCUGUACUAAAUGGUUCAGUUCAGUUUCAAGUGAUUUCUGCAAUACCUGUAAUGAGCUGUCCCUCCUGUCGACAAAAUAUGAACUUAGUUCAAAUCUGAUGGUAGAGCAGAAACAGUUCUUCCCAUUAAUAUUUUUGUCGGUAGAAGUUACAUUACAUUUAGUGAUUUGGAAAAUACUUAGUUAAAUAUUUCUGUGUAAUUUAAAUUAAAACUUCGAGAUGAAGCUAAGGAAAUACGAAAAAUACAAUGGACUUACCUUUAUGCUUCAAGAACUGUAACAAACCAAUGUAAGCAGACAGUUUCAGUUGCAAGAUUAAACUACAGUGGACAAUUAGUCUCGCUGCGUGCGUUUGUAAACAAACUUGGAACUGGUUUUUCUUUACGUACUAAACCACGACAUAAUUUGUCGCGGCACUCUGGAAACGAUCACGCUUACCAUCCUGCAUUCUAACCUUUUACAGCUGAGUUUUCAUUCAACGACAACGUUUUUAUUUGUAUAGUAUUUGCAUAUCUGCAUGAAUGUGUUUUUCAUAGUGUAAAUUUGAGUUAAUUUAAAAAUGCAUGACCGAUAUUUAAGAAGUGAAGCGUGUGUUCUCAGUGACGACUACAGUAAACACAGAAUCGUUUUGAAAUAAAAUGUAAGCCAAAUAAUAUUCACAGUGUCACGCUCCAGUUAAUACGAACCACUCAAUGGACAAUUCCAGCUAUAUACUAAAUUUUGAUCUAGGCAACAAGAACAAAAUCCAUCUAGCUACAUGGUUAAAAACGCACAGGUUGUUCCAACAAAACCCAUCAAGAACAAAAAGAACAAAAUCCAUCUACACAGCUAAAAACGCACAGGCUUGAACAAUGUUGUGCGGCCAACUAUGAACAAGUUGUUAACCAUGUUGUACCAAGUUGUUACAGUUGAACAACGCUGUAACAACAUGUUGACAAUACUGUUCAUAGUGCGCCGCACAACCUUGUUCACGCCUGUUGAUAUCAACCUGGAACAAGUUGUUGAUUUUCUCAAUUUUUACGCGUGUAUAGAGAGAGCAUGUUAAAAUUAGUGAAAUUGCAAAGAUUGGCAGCGAAAUGUUGUAAAAUGAGGAAAAUAAUAGCCCUACGAAAUUUGCAAAUUUUGUAUUAAUUUGUAAUAUGCACGGGAAAAUGCACCACAUUUGGGCCGUGUUGCAAAUUCCCGUGCGUACUGACUUAUACAAAAUUUGCAAAUUUCGCAGGGCUAUAUUUUUUUCUCAUUUCACAACAUUUUGCAACCAAACUUUGCAAUUUUACUCAUUUUAACAUGCUCUUUCUAGCUGUGGUGGAUGGAUUUUGUUUUUCUUGCCUAGAUCAAAAUUUAGUCUAUAGCUGCAAUUGCCCAUACGCUAAUAUUGUACAUGUUUAAAGGCCCUGUCACACUAUUGCGUAUGAGAGAAACGUAUGAGAAGCGUAUGAAAAUUAAUGAAAUAAUUUUCAUACGCACAAAAAUCCUUUGAAAUGCCAGCGUAUGAGUAUCGCGUACAUCUGGCGUUCCUCCGGCGUAUUCAGCGUGUGCAUAGAGUAUGCUUAUCGUAUAAAGUAUACGUCCGAUACGCACAAAAUUUUUGAACAUGCUUAAAAAAAAAUUUCUGCCUCGCCGUAUGCCAGCGUAUGCCACGUACCCCUAGCGUAUGUCACCGUAUACCGGCGUAUGAGUGAUAUUUUUUAUACGCUGGUAUACGCUAGUUCGAUACGCAAUAGUGUGACAGGGCCUUAACUGCAAAUUUCGCCAAGACACAAAAGAAUCCCAACAUCUGAAAUCGUCGUCGAAUGAGUACAUGCUAGCCCUAAUAAAUUAUGCAUAUGUAAAUUUAUAAAGAAAGUAGGACCAUAUUUAAAUAGGCGAUUCACAAGACGUACUUUGGCUAGUUUGGAAAACCCGGAAAUUUCAACCAUCUUUGAUCUAAAAUAACCAAGUCAAUAAGUUUCGAUUUGUGGAGAAAAGAUAUCACGAGAAAGUUCCAUAUAUUCUAAAAACAUAUAUUGUAACAGCAGACCAAAACUUAUAAUGCGCGCUCAGCACAGCACAUGAUGUUUACUGCUUUAUGUAGCGAAAUUUCUUGGCAUUUCGCGUCAUUUUUGGUUCGAUUUUUGAAGUACUUUAACUUUUCUUAAUUUUUUGUUUCAUGGCUGAAACUUCAGUAAAUGUGUGGGGUUGGAUAGGCCUACUCGUAUAUAUAUAUAUAUAUAUAAAAUCGAGGGAAAUUGAAGAACUUUCAGUUUUUCAUAUCUGCCACACAUUUUGUGAUUCUUACAGGCAAGUUCUCUUAAAACAGCAAUGCAUACUACGUCUUGGUAUAAAUAUACUGUAGGUAACAAAUAUAACAACAAAGUGUAAAUUGGGAGAGGGGGAACUUUAUCUGCGUCAUUCAAACAGUAAGUUUUCUGAACGACAGAUAAAGUCCGCCCCCCCCCAAUUGAAACUUUGUUGCUAUAUUUGUUACCUACAUGAGUGUCUUACUCAAAUCCAAUGCACAAACUAUAUCAUUCGAAUUCCAACGUAGUUGAUUGUGAUUUUCCAUUUCAGAAGCUCGCUUCGUGAUAGAAAACGUUCAUGAAUUAACUUUAAUAUACAAACUUUAAUACUAAAAAAUACAUGCAUGCAACAACCCCUCGCCUUUCUUAACAGAUGAAGUAUAAAAACUCCACAUAAAGUAUAAAGACCAUUACAAACAAACACAAAUACACAACUGAUGCGCUAGCUUUAUAAUGAACGAUAACAUUCACUGCAACUUCAUGCAUACCAGCUUGCAUUAAAGUGAAUUAUCGAGUUAAGAACGGCUUAAAAAUUUCGCAGAUAUGAAUAAAACCGACAACACAAAGCAAGUACGGCAUGGAAUUUUACUACUGCAUGAAAUGUUUACACUUACCCACACCAGCACAACAACGAUUAAAUUAUCAAAGAUAUCAACAUCAAAACAUCAAAACAAUUAUUAUACAAAAUUUGUUUCACGGUUGAACAGCGACUAAUUCAUGAAACUGCAGGCUUAUUUCCAAAUCAGGAAAAAACCGUGUUGUACUAUUGUAAACUUUUUAACGAUAUUUAAAACAAAAAAUUGCUGUAAAACAGCAAAAUAAUAGUUACCUAGACAGAGCUUGUACUCGCGCAUGCACAUAACGUCGAAAACCGUCCAUGACAUAAACAAAAUGGAGGACAACUUUGCACUCCGCUAUGUUUUCACAUACCCGGGUAUAAUUAGCCGUGCGGAAUUAAUACCCUCGCACGGCGCUUCGCGCCACCGGCUCCGGGAUAAACCAGCUGCAAUCUUUAACAUGCAUAAGCAUAUUAUCUCGACGUCAAUUAAAUAGUGAAAUACUGUCUCGUUUUGUUUUUUGAUAUUAAUGAAGGUAUUUGUUUAAUAUUGAUAGGUUUUCCUUGAUCCUGUCUACUGACAACUUUUUUAAUUUGAGACAAGUCGAUCAACCAAGCAUCAUGAAUGUUCAAUUUUUCCUUGCAUUGGUUAUUGUAAUGGGAUUCGUAGCCGGUCUCGAAGCGACGUGCUGCAAGAGAAAACCAGAUGUCGGUUGCUGUGGAAAUGGCCCAUGCAAUAUAUUCUGCUGUAAUUGUGAUGGUGGAUGCAACGAAAUAUGCGAGAAAACUCAUUGUGACACAGGAGACUGGACUAAAUGUGCGGGUGUUUUGGCAGCAUGUGCCACUGCCUGCGUUGAUCCUGCAGAUCCGGCGUGUGUUGCCUGCGUCGGCCCGUUGUAUAACACAUGUAAGAAAUGUUUUUCAUCAGAUGUCGAUCCCAACAAAGCUCUAGCUGAUGCCAAAUAUAUGUUAAAUGCUUAUUACAAGCAGAAUAUUCGCAAGCAUAUCAACUUAUAUCGGAAGUAAUGAAGCUAAUUUCUAAAGAGAUACCAAGACGAACGUAACAUUAAAUAAUUAUGGACAAUUUCAAAUAUUAACUUGAAAUUUAUUAACAUGAUUCUCACAGUAUAGCAUUAAAAAUAAUUACAAAGCUACACUUUUGAAACUUUCGGCUGGUACUGGAACGCUUUGUGGAUCAAAAUUUAUUGUGCAGUCUCUUUUAAUAUUGUUAGCGUUAGAAGUAAACGUAAAUUAAGAACGUAAAAUUCAAAAGGAACAAAAAAAACUUAUAAUUGAUCUUGAUAUUCUAUAUUGUUUUAUAAUUAAUAGUAUAUAAAUAAUAUAAUGCAUGCUUAAACGUGUACACAUGUAUUUUGGAAUUCGUUACAAUACAUUUCGUUAAAAUAAAAGUCAAAUAAUUUCCAGUCCACGUCAAUGGGGC